UUAUAAAUUCUAUAAUCUCAGUUCUAGUCAAUGUCCAAAAAUCCUCAAGUGAUCUCAAGAUGAACCUUUUGCUGGUGCUGGUGAUGCUGACAGCAUGUGCUGCAGACCCUCAAGAUAUGUCAGGAAAAAUGUUCAUCUUUCCGAUGGAAUCCAAGUCCGCUUAUGUGAAGCUGAUUACAUCACAGCAGGAGUUCAGGGAUGUAACCGUCUGCCACAGGUCCUUUACAGACCUCAGAAGAAGUCACGGCUUGUUCUCCAUGUCCACACGUGGUCAUCCCAAUGACUUUGCGAUUUUCUGGGAUAAUACAAAUAAGGAGAUGGAGGCUCAUGUCAGGGAUUUAAAUGUACAAUACGAGUGGGUCGACUAUAAGCCAAACAUGUGGCACUCUAUUUGUACAACAUGGGACUCUGCGUCUGGAAUUGUACAGCUUUGGUUUGAUGGACAGCCUUUUAUCAAAAGAUUCCUUGAUGUGGGAUCCAACAUCGUCGGAACUCCUAUAAUUAUUUUGGGACAGGAGCAGGAUUCCUAUGGUGGAGGAUUUGAUGCUAGACAGUCUUUGGUUGGUAUGAUGAUGGAUGUCCACAUGUGGAACUAUGUCCUUUCCCCUUGUGAGAUCCAGAAAUAUGUUUACAAUCUAAACUUCACUCAAGGUGAUGUGAUCAACUGGAGCGCACUGGAGUACAAGAUUUUUGACAAAGUGCUGGUCGAGAACACAGUCACACCAUGUGCAAUUUAACAAGACUGCUAAUACUUGUUUUAAAAGAGUAUGAUCCAUACACUUGCAUUUAUGUAAAAUGGAAAUGAAAAGAUGUAGAACUUAAUUCUACUUAAUUAAAAAUUAAUUUUACCGUGCCAUUAAAACCAGAAAUAUUGAGUUUCUUUACUUAAUGCCAGUUUAUGAUUUAUUAUCUGUUGUAAAAUUCUAAUUAAUCAUAAAACAGAAAAAAUAAAAGCAAUGAAUCGAA